UCGAUUUCAACUCUACUUGAUCAGUCGACAUCGCGAGUCGGUAGCUACGAGAUUGUUUCCAAUCGGUGUUGUCUUCGCUUUCAACUGCACUAGCACAUAGUUUCCCACCUACAAAGAUGAGCUGGCUGAUCUCAGCGGUCUUCCUCCUGGUGUCCCUUUGUGCCUUCGCGAAGGGCCAGGACACGAUUUCGGCGAUGUGCCUCUCGGACGAACGGUGCACCUCUGUGAAGCGUUGCGAAGACUCCGAUGAUUCCGGUCGCAGGGGAAUUAGGCCACGCAGCUCCCGCAUCUGCGGCACCCAAAUGGUCUGCUGCGAGAAAGCCCAGCUGGACAGCUAUGACAGAUGGAUGGCUGAGAAGACUACAACCGUGCCCUCAACGAUUCGAAACAAGGUAUCCAGUGUUCUGGAACCGCCGCCGAACGAGAGCUGCGGCCAGAACAUGGAGUGUGUGCCCAGGAAGCUGUGCCGCGACAAUAUCAUCAACGACUCGGGGAUCAGCCUGAUCAAUCCGAGGAUCAGCCCGAUUCAGUGCAGCAAGUCCUUGUACCGCUGUUGCGCCGUGGAUCAAAAGGUGGAUGAUAGCGAAAGUCCGUACUUGGUGAAGCAGGCGAACUUCAAGUACAAGAACUGCGGCUAUAGCAAUCCAAAGGGUCUGAUCCCCGACAACGACAAGUUCCCCUACUUGGAGGACGUAUCCAUAUUCGGAGAGUUUCCUUGGAUGGUGGGCAUCUUCACUGGCCGCCAAGAGUUUCUAUGCGGCGGCACUCUCAUCCAUCCGCAGUUGGUAGUUACCACUUCGCACAAUCUGGUCAACGAGACGGUGGACACCUUGGUGGCCAGAGCUGGCGACUGGGAUCUGAACAGCCUGAACGAGCCCUAUCCGCACCAGGGCAGCCGUAUUAAGGAGAUCAUCAUGCACUCCGAAUUCGAUCCCUACUCGUUGUACAACGACAUAGCACUGUUGCUCCUCGACGAGCCCAUCCGACUGGCUCCUCACAUCCAGCCACUGUGCUUGCCGCCUCCAGAAUCUCCGGAAUUGACCAACCAGCUGCUCUCGUCCACCUGUUACGCCACUGGCUGGGGCACCAAGGAGGCGGGCAGCGACAAGCUGGAGCAUGUGCUCAAGCGGAUCAACCUGCCACUGGUGGAGCGGGAAGAGUGUCAGGCGAAGCUUCGGAACACACGGCUCGAGGCUCGCUUCCGUCUGCGACCGAGUUUCAUCUGCGCCGGCGGAGAUCCUGGCAAGGACACCUGCAAGGGCGACGGCGGCUCACCGCUCUUCUGCCAAAUGCCUGGCGAAAUGGAUCGGUACCAGCUGGUGGGCAUCGUGUCCUGGGGCGUCGAGUGCGCCGUGGAAGACAUUCCGGCCGUGUACGUCAACGUGCCCCAUCUGCGCGGCUGGAUUGACGAGAAGAUCAGAGGACUUGGAAUCGUGCUGCAGGCGCAAUGAGCUCA